CUUUUUGAGGUAUCAAAAGCCCAGGGAGAUACUCGAAAAAUGCACCGAUAGCCGACGGACAACUUUCGAGAAAUUAUUGAUUUUUAGGAAAUGUUCACCAACCCUGCGGACGAUCCGAGAAGCGGCGUACAUUCGCAAAACUUUCACGAUUUUUCGAUUCCCUGGUUCGAAGAGCUGAUGAUGCACCAGCAACAGCACCACUUGACGGCGGCACGUGCUCCAAUGAUUCCAUCAUCGACACCGACUCCCCCACGAUCCUCGGCCGCUGAUGGCGUCACCGCCGCCUCCUCCACCGCAGCCGCCGCCGCCGGUAUGACGUCAUCAAUCGAUAAUCAUCGAACUGUUCGUGAAGCACUACUUGCCAGAGAAGGACACCAACAACAGCAAAUGAUGGUGAAACGGGAAAUGACCGAGUCGCCGAGAUUCUCACCGCCAAUGGGAUUUGAUGCACCAACAACGGCAGCAGUGACAUCAGUGGAAGGUCUCUCGGCGUUGUCCGUCGUCGGCACAAUGAUGAUGAAACAGGAGCACGGCGGCGGAGCAUCAAAUGCUCCACAACCAACACCCACGCAUUUUACCGAUUUCGACUAUAUGAAUAUGAUGCAACCGAUUCAUUUGGCCGCUAUCGGACGUCACUCAUCGCAAGGAGGCUCGGAACGUCAUCUAUCGACUGAGAGCUCUGUAACUCAGGCUCCGGCGCCGGUUCCCACUACGAAAAGGUCCCGAUCUACUCAUGAUGGGCUUAUGAAAUGUCAAUAUUGCCCCAAAAAAGUCAAUAGUGAAGCGGCGCUCGAGCGUCACAUGUCGGAAUGCCGUAUGAUCCGUCCACACGAGUGUGAUCGAUGCGGAAAACGAUUCAAAGCACGCGGCGGUCUUCAACAGCACAUGAGAAUCCAUAAUAACGAGAAGGCGUACGUGUGCACGUUUUGUGCCAAAAGUUUCACGCAGAAAAGUCAUUUGGAUCAGCAUGAGCGGAUUCAUACGGGUGUAAAGCCGUUCCUGUGCGCAUUCUGCGGCCGCUCAUUCCGUCAACGUUCGCAACAAAUCGGUCACGAAUCCACUCACUUGACUCACUUUUCCACGUCAUCAGCGCAGCAGACGCCCACGCACGGCGGUGGCGGUGGACAAACGACACCGUCUUCUUCUGCGUCGUCUGGGUCGUCGGGAAGUAAAGGAGACGAUGGUGCACAGUAUAAUGGAAUGCUUCUCCAUCCAUCGCCACCCACUCCGUCCCCGGAACAACAGCAGAAUCAUCUAAACAUGGCGGCCGCUGUCAUGCAGAUGCACCAUCACGCCGCCCGUCAACACCAUGAAAUUUCGUCACUUCUCGGCCUCAACCACGAAUUUGUACACCAACAUGUGGGCGGAGUCUCCGCACACGCUACGGCACACCAAUUCGGUGGACAGCAAUCUGCCGCCGAGGCGACCGUCAACGGAAUGCGAAUGCUAAGCCAUAUUGCGUCGUAAUCGAUUUUUUAAAACUCUCCCCGGCGCUACCCAUUUCUAGUCAUUUUUCUCGUUUUCUAACCCCUAAUUUUUUUCUCGGCUGGCGAAAAAUCGAUAAUUCAUCGAUUUUUCCCCUCCAUUUCUUGUGUUCCUACAAUUUCUAGUCAUUUUCUCUUUAUUAUUCCUAUUUUCUGCACCGAACAUUUGGAAAAAAUCUAAACUUUAUUGAUUUUUUGGCGGAAAAUCGAUUUCGCAAUAAUUUUUCGAAAAAAUCGAUAAUCUAUCGAUUUUCUCCAAAUUUUUGCGAAUUUUCUCUUGGAAUCGACUGCUGGCAGUCUGCCAAGAAAUAAUUAUUUUCGCCCACCCCGCCCGCCCGCCCACACACUUUUUAUCCAUUUCCUCACAAAUUUCCAUCGCUAGAUUAGUUUUUUUCUUAUGUCCCUACCACACAAAACUUCCAAAUAUUUAUUGCAUUUUCUUUCCUGUGACGUCACACACGCCCGCCCCCUUCCAGGUCAAACCCCGCCCAUCCCGUCUCCGCCCACACAUUUUAUCACCCGGUUACAGUGAAAUUAGUAUUAUUGUUUCUUUUUUUAUGUGCCAACCAACAGUUUAUUGAUUUUUUUGCGGAUUUUUCACAAAAAUCUUGCCCCCAGGCCCCGCCCCCAUUUAUUGAUUUUUUUGGUCUUUGUACCCCGCCCCCACAACCCACCCACACACAAAUUCAAAUUGUUCUAAUCUUCGUCGUCGUCUUAAUUGCGUUUAACGUAAUAAAAUGUUUCGAAUUUCA